UCCUCAGGAUGAAGAGGUGGGCCCUUCUCUUGCUGUGGCUGCAGCUGGACUGGGGCACAUUGCUCAGUCCCAACGACCCCAACGUCUGCAGCUACUGGGAAAGUUUCACCACCCCCUCCAAGGAGUCGUACGUGCAGCCCAUGGCCCAGGUCUUUGAGGAGCCCUGCAACGGGAUGUGGCCCUUUGCCAAGACCUGCACUCGGCACAGAGUCCUCUACAAGACAGCCUACCGCCAAGGCGUGAAAGUCGACUCCCGGAGGAGGCACCGCUGCUGCCAGGGCUAUUACGAGAGCGCCGGCCUCUGCGUCCCUCGCUGCACUCACGACUGCGUCCACGGCCGGUGUGUGGCCCCAGAGCAGUGCCAGUGCGAGCAAGGGUGGAGAGGGGCUGACUGCUCCAGUGGCUGCAGCCAGCUGCUCUGGGGGCCGGGCUGCAGGAACUCUUGCACGUGUGUGAACGGAGGCACUUGUGACCCUGGGAGUGGGGCCUGCACUUGCCCCCCAGGCUAUAGGGGCCCUCUGUGCCAGGAGCCGUGUGCCCCGGGAACGUAUGGCCAAGGAUGCCUGCUGGACUGCCAGUGCGAAAACGGGGCUCCCUGCGACGGGGUGACCGGGGCCUGCCUGUGCCCCCAUGGAUUCACAGGCCCUCAUUGCGAGGUCCCUUGCCUCAACAGCAGCAGUGGAGUUUGGUGCCAGGCUGACUGCGUUUGCCAGAACGGGGGCAUCUGCCAUCCCCCCAACACCAGCAACUGUGCCUGCCCUCCUGGGUGGAUGGGCACCAUCUGCUCCAUCCCCUGCCCUGCCAGGCACUUUGGCUCCAGCUGCCAAGGGGAAUGCCGCUGCCACAACGGAGGCCAGUGUGACCCUGUCAGCGGGCAGUGCCAGUGCGCAGCGGGUUACAUUGGAGAGCGGUGCCGUGAGGAAUGCCCCAUGGGCAAGUACGGGCACGACUGUAGCCAGACCUGCGACUGCGCCAACGGGGGCCACUGCUUCCACAUCCACGGGGGCUGCCUCUGCGAGGCGGGCUACUACGGCAGCCGCUGUGAGGAGCGCAAGUGCCCGCCAGCCUUCUAUGGCCUCACCUGCGAGGGGUCGUGCCCCUGCGACCCCCAGCACACACAGAGCUGCCACCCCCUCACGGGCGAAUGCACCUGCAAGCCAGGCUGGGCGGGGCUUUCCUGCAACGAGACCUGCCCCCACGGCUACCAUGGAGCCAGCUGCCGGGAGCCCUGCUUGUGUCUGAACGGAGGGACGUGCGACAGUGAGACGGGCCGCUGCCUCUGUGCCGCGGGCUACAUGGACGAGCACUGCUCCCGCCCCUGUCCCACGGACACCUAUGGGGUGAACUGUUCCCUGCACUGUUCCUGCCAGAACGCCUUGGCCUGUUCCCCCCAGGAUGGGGCCUGCGUCUGCAAAGAAGGCUGGCAUGGACUGGACUGCUCCCUCCCCUGCCCGGGGGGCACCUGGGGUGCCGGCUGCAACAGGACCUGCCAGUGUGCCAACGGUGCGGCCUGCAGCCCUGUCAGUGGGGUGUGUUCUUGUGCCCCAGGCUGGCAGGGCAGCCGGUGUGAGGAGCCCUGCCCGGACGGGCUCUACGGCUUGGGCUGCAGCAGGAAAUGUGCCUGCCAGAACGCUGAGGGCUGCGACCCAGAGGCUGGGGGAUGCCGCUGUCAAGCUGGAUGGGCAGGCCCCUCCUGCAGCCAGAGGUGUGCCGGGGGCCGGUGGGGGGUGCAGUGCCGCCAGACCUGUGCUUGCAAGAACGGGGCCACCUGCUCGCCCCAGGACGGGAGCUGCGAUUGCCCCCCAGGCUUCCGGGGGCCCCAGUGCCAGCGCCCCUGCCCACCGGGGCGCUACGGCAAGAAGUGCGCUGUGCCCUGCAAGUGCGCCAACCACUCCCUCUGCCACCCCGUGGACGGCUCCUGCGACUGCUCCCCUGGAUGGACGGGCAGCGACUGCUCCACGCGCUGCCCGCCGGGUUCCUUUGGGGAGAACUGCACCCACCAGUGCCGCUGCUGGAAUGAGGCCGGGUGCCAUCCGGAAACAGGGCAGUGCUUGUGUCUCUCUGGCUUCACUGGUGCCCACUGUGAAACCAGAACAGGAAACCCCGACCAUCCGUUCGAUAUGGUUCCUGCGCCCCCCACUGGCUCCAGCGGCAGCCUAGGGGCAGUGGUUGGCAUCGUGGUGAUGGCUGCCCUGCUGGUGGCAGUUCUGGCACUCUUCCUCUAUUACCGGCACUGGCAGAAGGGCAAGGAGAACCAGCACCUGUCUGUGGCCUACACCGCAGGGCGGGCAGACACUUCCGAGUAUGCUGUGCCAGACAUCCCGCCCAGCUAUGCCCACUAUUACUCCAACCCCAGCUACAACACCCUGUCGCCUUGCCUGCCCAGCCUUCCAGAGCAGCCUGCCCCUGGCAAGCUGAGCGGCAGCCAGCUUUUCUCCAGCAGCGCCAAAAGCCUGGAGCGGGACUGGGCAGGGCUCUACGGAGGGGGAGACUGCAACGCCACCCUCCCUGCGGAAUGGAAGCUCCUUCAGGGCAGCGCUCCGGCACUGAGCCGUCCCCCGCCAGGGCCCGGAAGCCAGAUUGACCGCAGCUACAGCUACACCAACGGACUAGGGAAAUACCAGCACAGAGAGCGUGGCCAGGAAGUGCCCUUGUGCCGCAGCAACAGCUCCCUGAGCAGCGAGAACCCCUACGCCACCAUCAAGGACUUGCCCGUCCUGGCAGGCAAGCCCUCCGAGGGCAGCUACAUGGAGAUGAGGACUCCAGCCAAGCGAGAGAUGUCCUACGCAGAGAUCGGGCUCUUCGAAGAAUCAGCCCAGAGCGUGGAGGGGGCAGGAGAAAACGGCUCACUUGGGGCAGGAGGCAGCAUCUCACAGGCAGCUCCUGGCGUGCCCCCCAAUCACUACGACUCCCCGAAGAACAGCCACAUCCCCAGCCACUAUGACAUGCCGCCCGUUCGCCACUACUCGCCUUCCCCACCACCCAGGAGACAAGACAGAUGAGGCCAGGCCGGCGCGGCACAG